AAUACACACCCGCGCACGUGGCAAGACCACACAAUAUACUCCCAGCCCAACAUGACCGAGGCCGACCGGGCCUGGGUCAACAUGGACAUUGAUUAUAUCGUCGUCGCUCUCGACAAGGAAGAUGCGCGCGAAAAAGGCCUUCCUCUCUCCGCAGAUUUCCCCUGGGACCCGACUCACAGCGCCUACAUGAUCACCACCAUGCACAGUCUCCACUGCCUCAAAUCCCUCCACCGCUCCAACCUGGAAUACCGCCACGGCGUCAAACAGAGCUAUCCCACCGAACACCUAAUCCACUGCCUCGACAACAUACGGCAAGAUCUCAUUUGCUCCGCCGACGACACGCCCCGUUUCAUCCCCGUCGACGCCAAAGACAGCGCGCACACGGGCAUCGGCCAAUGGCGCCAAUGCAAAGAUUUCAGCAAACUCGAGCAAUGGGGUCGCGAGCAUUCGGCUUGUUUCAGUUAUAAUGAACUUAUUACGCACGAACUCAAAGAGGAACGAGGAUAUCCUCAUGCGUUAAAGUUUUGUCCUGCUGAUAGCAAGUGGUUGCCUGCUGUUAGGAAGUUUUAUAAUCAACCGGAUGAUUGGGUGCCGGAGAAGCCGCCGCCGCCGUAUCCUGCUGUUGGGGUGCCGUUUGAUGGGUAUGAGAAUCAGCGGAAUCCGGCUGCUAUGUGA